GUCGCCAGACCUCGGCUCCUGGCUCACGCAGAGCCCGCAACCGCUCGCUCUCACACACACGCACAUACACACGCAUACACACAGCAGCACACGCCCGGAGCUGCUGACGGAGCCUAGCGGGGGCUCGCCGGCUCUCUCCGACCCGCUGUCCGAGCAGCUGCAGCCGCGCAAAGGAGAGGAGGCAGCGGCGCCCGCCCUGCUCGGAGCCGCGGCUGGCGGCACUGCCCGGAGAUGUCGGGUGUGCUGGUCCUCGCUGCCUGGUGCUUCCUGCAAGUGGAGAGCCGGCAUCCCGAGGUCAUCACGAGUAGCAGCAGCCGUGGCAAUUUCCUGGACAACGACAAAUGGCUGAGCACCGUUUCGCAGUAUGAUAAAGACAAGUACUGGAACAAAUUCAGGGAUGAUGAUUAUUUCAGAAACUGGAAUCCAAACAAGCCUUUCGAUCAAGCUCUUGAUCCAUCCAAAGAUCCGUGUCUGAAGGUGAAGUGCAGCCCCCAUAAAGUGUGUGUCACUCAUGACUAUGAAACUGCUAUUUGUGUAAGCCGCAAGCAGCUGGUACACAGCAUUCGACAAAAGAAAGGAAACUUGGCCCAGAAGCACUGGACUGGACCAGCUAACAUAGUGAAAUGCAAGCCUUGCCCCAUGAUGCAUGCCAGCCCUGUCUGUGGCUCUGAUGGACAUACAUAUACUACCAAGUGCAAGUUGGAGUUUCAUGCAUGCACUUCUGGCAAAACCAUCAUAGCUCGAUGUGAAGGGCCCUGCCCCUGCCUUCCAGGACCUGAAAGCCCAAAACACAAGACAGAGAAGACUGCUUGCACGGACAAAGAAUUGAGGAGUCUCGCUUCACGACUAAAAGACUGGUUCGGUGCUCUUCACGAGGAUGCAAACCGUGUCAUCAAGCCAACAAGCUCGGAGACAGCACAAGGCAGAUUUGACACCAGCAUCCUACCAAUCUGUAAGGAUUCCUUAGGCUGGAUGUUCAACAAACUUGACAUGAACUACGACCUGCUGCUGGAUCCCUCAGAGAUCAGUGCCAUUUAUCUUGAUAAGUAUGAGCCAUGUGUCAAGCCUCUCUUCAACUCCUGUGACUCCUUCAAAGACGGAAAGCUUUCCAACAAUGAGUGGUGUUACUGCUUCCAGAAGCCAGGUGGCCUUCCUUGCCAGAAUGAAAUGAAUAGAAUUCAAAAGCUAAGUAGAGGGAAGAGUCUGCUGGGUGCUUUCAUCCCGCGGUGCAAUGAAGAAGGUUAUUACAAAGCCACUCAGUGCCACGGCAGCACAGGGCAGUGCUGGUGUGUUGAUAAGUACGGGAAUGAGAUAGCUGGCUCAAGAAAACAAGGGACGGUUAGUUGUGAAGAAGAGCAAGAAACCUCAGGGGAUUUUGGCAGUGGUGGAUCUGUUGUGUUGCUGGAUGAUUUGGAAGAGGAACCUGAAGCAGCAAAAAAAGACAAAGAAGGAAAACUGAAGAUUCAUGUAAGAGCAGCUAAUGAAGAUGACGAAGAUGAAGAUGAUGAUAAGGAUGAUGAAAUUGGUUAUAUAUGGUAGUGCCCAUCAUUCUAAGGACUCACGUUUUGCACAAUAUUGCAAGUCACAUCAUAUCUCUGCAAUUGUAUCUGAGAGUACCUGGCACAAAUAUUCCCUCUCUACUGAGUUUAAUUUUGUAUGGUCUGUUUAAUUUGGAAGACAGCUUUUUUUUUUUCCAGCGAGGACUGUUUGGAAUUCAGCUUUUGUUCAGUUGGUUUGGGGGAUUUUUGUUCUAAUCCACAGGGGCAAUGAAUUUUGUUUCAAAAACAUUUCAUGCCUUAAUCCUCAAUGGCACAGCUUAUGAAAUAUAUUGUGUGAAAGAAGAAUCACAGAAGGGGCUCAGCAAACUGGUACAAGGUUUAGAAGCCCUUCUCUUGUUAUCAAACAUAGGCAAUUUGUAUCAUAAAUUGUUACCUGAAUCAUAUCAGAAACAGUAAUUUUUCUUUCAUGAAAAAGGAAAAGUAGGCAUCUCCUUCUCUGUUCCAUAUUUGUUGUGUUCCUGUAGAGUAAGUCUUUUUGGAUACUGAUUUCUGGCUUCCUAGCACCAGGGGCUUAAUCCAGAAAGAAACCCGCUGGUUUGGUGCUGAUUUUAUUUUCCUUACAUUCUUUGAGAAUGAGUCCAACAGGCUUAGUCCAGCUCACGCUGAAAACCAAACCCACUGGAGCACAGAUCAGCUCUCUGACAGCGUUAUUUUGGUUAAGCAACAUGGCCUUGAUCUUGAGAGAUGCUGAGAACCUGCAGCUAUCACGGACCAAGCCCUGUGGGCAGGGAACAGUCCGUCUGACUAUCAAAGUGUUCGAGCAAAGAGAGUGUCAUCAGUUUGUAGCAACAUAAGCACCUCCACAGGCAUUCUUCAGCCUCUGUCUGAACUCAUUUGCACUAAGUGCACUAAUGUCACACGGGCAGCCUCUGCUCCCAGCUCACACACCGUGGGUCUGUUCGGUCUUUAUUUACUCUAAGUAAUCCCUCAUUGCAAAGCUGUACAGCUUUCAAAGACACUAACCAUCAAAAGUAAUAAGCUGUCAUUUCUAUAAUUUAAAUAGUUAAUAUUUAUUUGGCCUUUUUAAAAUAGCAAUUUUAAGUGGGAGUGUUUCAAAAGCUUAACUCCUCUGCUCGGCGUGACAAGCUGCACACUCCUAACACACACGUAAAAGAGACGAGUAUUAAAACACAAUCUGUGACUCCCUCAGCAUCAUCCCUGUAUUUAUAGCUCUACAAUUGUAUCACAGCACACUGACAUUAAAUUAUUUGCUGUGUCCUUUCCCAUGGCAGUUCUCUGAUGCAAGAAUAUACUGUGGUGACCUUUCAUUAUUUUUUCUGUUUUUCAGAAAUGCUGCCCAUUGAUGUCCAUGAGUUACAGCAGGAGUGCAUUUGGCAGAUCAAUAUUUCUAAAGGGAAAAAAAAGCCUUUUGGUUGUAGGUGGCUAGUAUAUAACUCUGGCCCGGUGGUGAGCGCACACUUUGAGAGCAUCCCUGGCUCCCCCUCUGGCUGCGUGACUUGGGUGUGUUUGUGUGACUUGUCUGCCUCGUGGCUUUCAUGAUUAGAGACUGCCAUUCAGUGCUUCUCCUCAAGGUCAGGCUGAGUAAAUGUGACCAACCACCAGGGAGGCGUACGCAGCCCUUAGCAGUGUGCUAGAGCCAGUUCUCUCGCUGGGAGAACAUGGAAGAAGGGCCACAUUGGUUGGAAGCAUUUAAUGGAAGCCCUAAUCAUGUAAACAUUUCAGCAUGGAUGCUUACAUGACAAGGCAUUUUCAAGGUUUCAAACUCAAGGGAAAGACAGCACAUGUGAGCUCUUUGCCAGUCCAGCAGGUGGGACUCUCAUAGCUUUGGAUGUUUUUCUGGGUACCGUAAUUGUGCUGCUGGGUUGGGAAGCAGCUGUAAGUAUUUUAGUAGUGACCAUGAUUUGCCUGAGAUUUAUUUUGCAGAAUGAAAAAUGUGUUUAUUACACAGAGAAAUAAUUAGACUGUUUUUUUUUUUCCUCUGAAUUAAUGUUGGCUGUAGAUGUGGUGACAGUAUGGAGUCAAAACAUAUUCCAGAGAAUUCCCUUAUGCCAGAAAAGCAGGAAAAUACCAUGCUGGUUGGCAGAAGUCACUUUUCCAGAAACUCUUUCCCAGGAGCUGUGGUCCUCACCUCUCUUCAGAGCCAAUUCCCACUGCAAAACCUGUCAGGGCUCUGCAGCCCAUCUCCCCACUCCGUGCAGGACCUCUGCAUUUGGACGUGGGUGGAAGAGCAAUACAGAAUAGGCAGUCCUUUCAGACACCAUGUGUUGCAGGAGCUCAGGCGUUGCCUCCUCUUUCAUUUCCUGUUUGUCUAGAUCGAUGAUCUGGGAACAAAUACCAAGCCUGCAUAAUUGCUAUUAAUGAAGCAGGAUUUGUAAAUUUAUGAGACAUUUGUUGUGAAUUGUUUCACAUCCCUGCAUCCUUCCAAAAAAUCCACCAUCACCAUAAGUUGUGAAAGGUCUGCACUCCACCCUGCCUCAAUUCCCUUGGUUUUCCUAUAGCUUUUAAAAAAAAUAGUUCCAAAUCUUAGCCCAUGAGCUGCACAGUGUACGCACACACACUUUUUGUACUUACCUUUCAUAGCAAGUAAUGCAGCUCUGUAACACAAACAGCUCCAACCAGCAGUUCUGCUUCUGUACAUGGUAUGCUUUUGGAAGAAGCAAUUGAACACCAUCAGUAGCUUGCAGCUCAACCACCAUGGCUGGUUUCUUUCUCCUAGUGUGUUCAGCCCGGACUCUGGGUCCAUCGCUGCUGCAAAACAUGCAAGCUGGUUAAAUAAGUCUUUAAAUGUGAUUGUGGACAUCCUUCAGUUUACAUGAGCAGAGGUGCCACCAGCAUCCAACUCUCAUCCCCGUUGAGCCUGUCCUAGCUGUAAUCUCACAUGUGAAACUGUUCCAAAGCAGAGUUGGCAGGUUUUAUGGCUUUCUCUUAAGCUAUAAAGCAAUUACCAACACUCAGCCUCAUCAGCUCUAACAUGAUGUGGGUCCUGGUCAGACGGAUUCGAGCCUUGCACAGCCAGGCAGGAGGACAGAUGCAGGUGGUGUGGCUGUAGGCACACACGUGCGCACACACUUACAUGCACAUGUGCACACAGCCCCGCUGGCCUGGGUUCAUGUUGCCACCCCUGUCCAGGUGAUCAUUCAGUCACCUGCUCCAAAUGGUCUUCUGAAUCUGGGCCAGCAUUGGGAAAAUACAAUUUUAUUGACUAGUUCAGUAGGCUACAGCUAUAGCACAGUUUAAAAAGAAUGAUAUCAAAUAAUAAAGUGUCACAGCCUUGUCAGGCAGACGUCAGACAAACGUUUGUGCUUUGAGUGGCAGCUCAGACUGCAGUUUGCUUUGAGCAUUUUACCAAAAACUACAAAGCUAUUUAACAAAGCCCUUCUGAAAUCCACUGGCAUCGGUCAGUGGUCGGGAGACCUGCAGGCUGUGUAAACGUGUGUUUAUGUACAUUUAUAUACAUAUAUGUGUGUGUGUAGAUAUAUAUGUUUAUACACACAUUAGAUACAUAUAUGUGUCCAAUUUGAGACAUUGCUCUAAGAAGAUGCUUUAUUUCUUUAAAAGAAACGAGCCAUUCUACCAAGAACCUGUUCUUUGUUGGAUCAAGCCCCUUUCAUUCUUCAUGCUUUGUAAAAGAUUUAAUUUGCUUGCGGCUUAAUUGAAUUCCUUUCUUUUCUUCUUUUUAUUUUUUUCUUUCACUUUUUCUUCUUUUCUCUUUCUAUUUUUUCUUUUUCUUUUUCAAAGCAGAACUUCCCAUCUGAAUCAAGUCAUUGACCUUUCAAAUAUUUUCUUAUUGUGAAAAAUGGAAUCAGAGUUGUCCCAUUCUUUUAGAGACACAAACCAAUUUUUAAUCUCAUUUUCUUUUCAUAUUAGAGACUAUGAAAUACUGUUAGGCAUUGCUUUAUGGUUCAAGGUGUCCUUUUAACUACUGUGGUUAAAUCAAAAUCUCCUUGAGUUCAGAUUUCAGCACAGUUGGGUUUUUUGGGUCAUUACUAGCCUUUGCUGUGAACACAAAGAAUCCUUUUCCUUUUUUUGCCUUUUUUUAAGCUGUUCUGUACUAUUAUUUUAAACCAUUAGAAAUGUUUAUUUAAUAUUUAUUCUACAGUUUAUAUUGAAAAUGUAAAGUUUAUAUUUAAAACAACACUGUUUGUUAGUGAAUGCUUCUCUUUGCCUCUCCAGCCUAGUCUGUUAGUCUCAGUGUACAUUUCUGGCAUGGGAAUAUUUUGAUAUUAGAGUUUUGUAGCAUUUUUCCCCUCAAGCAGCAACUGACAUAGAUCUAAGGUCAUCACUCGAUACAGACCACCAGAUCGCCCAAGCUUAGCUUCCUACAUUUGUUGGCUUUUAUUGCAGUCCCUUCUGUAUGCCAUUCAAGUUCCUUUAAUACAUAGACUGCUUUGUACAGUUACUAUACAUCAAAAAGCCCUUUCUACAGUAGGUGGUUUUUGGUCUUUUUAUACUUUUCUCAAUGCUGUUGAUGUCCGUUACUGUUAAAUGUGUAGAUCUGUAAGGAGAGAUCCAAAUAUUAUGUGUUUCAGUUUGAUGUCCCUACUGUAGAUGGAUGUAGACUAUCAUAGUAAGUAGAAUUGCAUAGUAAAUUCUGAAUGCUUUUUCCAUAAGGAGUUAAGUGGAAUGUGAACAUUUUGCUAUAUUUCUUUGGUUAACUGUAAAUGCUUAACUGUAGUCUGAAAUAGUUGCAUUUUUGUCUGUCUCAAUAAAUUUUAAUUUGUCUGCGA